AUGUCUCAAUCACAACCACGACCUGAGUCACGUCCUCAACUUUCUUCGACUCACAAUGCUGGCCCACCAUCAAACGCGAUCCACAAAGGAGCUGACCUCAUUGUUGCUCUGAUUCAGGACGAAAGACAGCGCAUCUCGGAGGACUCUCGCAGAGCCUAUGCAGAACUUGAACGGAGACACAUCGAGCUUCGGAACCAAUCCAACUAUACUUUUGAGCAGUCUGGUCGCCGAAAAGCAGAAUUGGAGGCUGAGGUCCAACGUCUGAACGGUGAUGCCGUCAAUGCUGCUCAGACUGCUCGCCAAGCAUUAUCGGAAAGAGGAGAAGCUCUUCGGAUUUCUACGCAGGCAAAGAAUGAUCUUGUGCAGCUAGCACAAGUCUUAGAUCAAUUUGGGAUAAUUGCUCGCAGCGGAGCACAUGAUUCCUUCGAUGUUACUUUGGACGACAGGUGGAGUAGUCUACUUCGAGAAGGGAGAAAACAGGACGAAAUCGGAGAGUCCAAAGGAGUAGAGUCCAGCACAGAUGGGAAACUCGGGAUAGUCAAAGAAGAAGAUUUUGGUCCGCCGCCCAGUUCGCAAACAGCGCCCCUUGGAUUUUUGCAGGAGCUGAAAAGAAAUAUCGAACGUGAUCAAAAGACGAUCGGAGCCUUGAGAGAAGAAAUAUCUUUACUGCAAGAGGAGAAAGGGACGAUAAAGAUUGUCACAGACAGGGCUAUAGAAGAAGCCAAUGCUGUCGUACAACUGCGAGAUACAGAGGUGAAAGAAUUACAGGCUCAGUUGACAGCUUCACGAGAAGAGAUCGAGCGGCUGAAAUCAAUGCCUCCGCCCAAACCUACUACAACUCAACGAGAAGUGCAAACCAUGAGCACGCCUACGACACAAAAGCCCCAGCUUUCUAUGACUUCUUUAUCGGCUAUGUCCAUUUCUCGCGCCGAGAAACAUAAAGAAGCUGAUAUACAAGGUGUAACUCCAACGACUCACCUUAACAAAGAACUCGCCCCGCCCACUUUGAAGAUUGGCAAAAAACUUGCUGUAAAAACCAGUUCUCUCAAACGACCCAACAAGGAUGCAGACGAUAUUAAAGCAUCGAAGAAAGCCAGGACAUCUCUAGAUUCAAAAUCCACUCCAUCUUCGCUUAGUAUUUCAAGCAAAGCUGACGAUGACAGUCGUCCCAAGGGAAAUAACCAGACUAACAUCAGCCUUAGCAGAAGAGGGGGCAAAGGGACGUAUCAGAUAUUCACUCCUCAAACCUCGCCUUCACCGGAACCACAGCCACAACCUGGGUCUGGAGUGAAUUAUGAUGGUGACUCUCAGACAACUGAAACUUCUGGAAAUCAGACUAAACCUGGUUCAUCCUCUACUACUUCCCCUGAAGAUGCGCUUGUAGUUUUUCCUUUCAGGAAACACCUGCGCGAAUCAGAUUUCGUCAAGCCCAGGCUUAUAUCCAAUCCGCAGUCCAUCUCUGAGCGGAGUGAUAAAAAAGCAGAAUCUUCAUCGAGCAAAAGCCAGGCAGGGGCCGAUUCUGGAAAAGUUUCGAAUUCACCGUCGGUAAAGUCUACAGGAACCUCCAGUGACAAACUCCAAGCUUCAUCGAAAUCUGUUAAUAAAACGCCUACCUCACUACCCAAUGGAGCCCCUACCUCCUUGUUGUCUAAAAUAAAAUUUACGAAAUCAAAUAUGGGAAAGGGCUAG